AUGAAUACUUUUUUACUCGAAGAAAUCGCAAGAUCAACUGCAUUAUAUGAUCUAAGUGCUGCUGAUGAUGAUCAAGACUAUCAUCAUGAGUCAGAAACAGAUGGAGAUGUGGCCGAUGAGAGAGACAAUGACGAGCAAGAUGAUUUAGGUGGCGAGCAAGAUGAUUUAGAUGACGAAGAAGAUGGUUCAGAUGAUGAGCAAGAGCAUAUUCCAACCGCUCCCUGGUUUACAACCGAAGAAAUUAAUGUCUCAUCAGGUAAUUGUUCAAACAUGAAUCCACUCAAUAAUGAUUUAUUUGAAGGUCAAAAUUUUGCAGACAAACAAACUGCAAUUAGUGCUAUAAAAUCAAAUCAUAUAAAAAAUUCUAGAAAUUACCAUGUUACAAAAAGUGAUACUACACGAUAUGAGGCAAAAUGUGUUGUGGAAGAUUGUCCAUGGAGAGUCCGGGUUAUGAAAUCAAGGCGAUCUGGACUCUUUGUAAUCACUAAACUACCUGCUGAACAUAACUGCAUUUUGAGGACUCUUCAACGAGAUCACAAGCAACUUACAUCAAGGAUGAUUGCUGACGUGAUUAAACUACAAGUUACAGAGAGUCCAUAUCUGAAAGUAAGCAACAUCAUGAGUCAAAUCACAUCCAUGUACAACUACAAUGUUACAUAUAAGAAGGCAUGGAUCGGAAAACAAAAAGCAAUCUCAGAUGUUUAUGGUGAUUGGAUGACUUCUUAUAAUAAACUUCCGACAUUUCUUAGUGCUAUAAUGCAUUUUAAUCCAGGCACAAUCGCUCUAAUUGAUGCUGAAGCUGAUGUUAUCAUCCCCGACACAUCUGUGUGUAAACGUGUCUGGUGGGCAUUCAAGCCAAUGAUAGACGGCUGGCAACAUGCCCGACCUGUUAUUAGCAUUGACGGCACCUUUUUAAAAGUGAAAUACAAUGGUAAGCUACUGAUUGCAAUGGGAUCUGAUUCAAAUAAUCAACAGUAUCCUAUUGCAUAUGGCUUAGUUCAUGAAGAAUCAACUUUCAAUUGGUCUUGGUUUCUAUAUCAUCUUCGAAUAUAUGUAUGUCAAAAUAGAAAGGGUGUCUGUAUUAUUUCUGAUAGACAUCCUGGAAUCAUCGAAGCAAUGAAAAGGGUGGAAAAUGGCUUUGCUGGUGAAUGGGGCAUACAUCGAUUUUGUUUGUUGCAUGUACGUAGCAAUUUUAGUACUGCUUUUCCAGGUUCACAUUUGAAGAUGUUUUGUUGGGUGGCUGGUAACACAUCUCAGUUACGAAAAUUUGAGAUAGCCAUGACGCAAAUUAGAGAGCUUAAUCCUGAUGCAGAAAGAUGGUUGCGAAAGAUUCCACUAGAAAUGUGGACUAUGUCUCAUGAUGGAGGUUAUCGUUAUGGUCAAGCAACAAUAAACAUGAUUGAAAGUUUCAAUGGAUUUUUACGUUCCGCUCGAUUUCUACCGGUCACAGCAAUGGUGGAGUACAUAUAUUAUCGAUCUUUGAAGUUAAUUGCUAAGAGAAGGACUCAAACUCUGGAUGACCUUCAAAACGGUCAAAUUUUUUGUAAAAAAUCAAGGGAAUUAUUUGAAACCGUUGAGCAAAAACAUCUGCACAUAGGGUUAUUCCAUACAAUGAACAAAGGGGUGUCUUCGAAAUCAUUACUGCACAAUACAGAACCAAGAAUGGAUCUUGGAAAGGCGGCAACAAACACAAUGUGGAUCUAUGUAGAGGUUUUUGCUCUUGUGGAAAAUGGAGCCGAUAUCAUUUUCCAUGUUCACAUAUUGUGGCAGGUUGUUUGA